UUUGAUAUAGUUCUGAACAGGGAAAGCAACGAAGCGGUAGCAAAAUGUUCAAAAUUUUUGACGACCCGUAGUUUUUCGUUAUAUUCCGCGUCCUUCGUGGUGUGCAGGAUGGCGACUGGAACGUGCCUUCAGGACUUCGAGGUCGGUAAACUUCUGGGAAGUGGUGGGUUUGCCGACGUACACCGAGGAAUAUGCAGAGCCACUGGCGAAGAAGUUGCCCUAAAAAUUAUGGACAAGAAGAAAAUACAGGACAUGAACCUAGCAAAGCGGGUCAGCAAUGAAAUAAAGCUUCAUAAAUCUCUCAACCAUCCCUCAAUUGUUGAACUACUAACGUCCUUCGAAGAUGACAAGUAUGUGUACCUAAUCCUGGAACUGUGCCACGAAGGUGAUUUGCAAACGUAUCUGAAACGGAAUGGAGGUCGUUUGGCAGAGAGAGAUGCUGCAGUUGUUAUGUUCCAUGUCGCCGACGGAUUACGGUACCUUCAGUCCCGUCACAUUGUUCAUCGUGAUCUCACUCUUCGUAAUUUACUCGUCACUAAAUCUGGAUACGUGAAAAUCGCAGACUUCGGUCUUGCCGUUCAGCUUAAGCGACCUAAUCAACGCCAAAUGACGAUGUGUGGAACUCUUCCCAGUUUGGCACCUGAAGUUGUUUCGAAGCAUUCCCAUGGGAUGGAAUCUGACAUCUGGGGUCUUGGCUGCGUGUUUUAUACCAUUGUUGUUGGGAAGCAGCCGUUCAAGACGAACGAGUUUCAGAAAACUGUCCAAAAAAUUGUUCACGAAGACGUGAAGAUCCCGAGUGCUGUUUCGGAAUUGGCUCAAGAUUUAAUUCGUCAAAUGUUGACGAAACGACCGGAGGAACGAAUCAAGUUGGAUGACGUGCUGAAACACCCGUUUUUCCGGAAAUGGCCUGAUUUGAAACAGCUGACGGGUCAAUUGGUGAUGGAGAACAGUGCCGACAGUGGACUGGUGACGAUGUCCUCAAACGCUGGGUUCCAGCGAACCUGCCAAACAAUUCAAGAGGAAGAAAACACUCGAAUUCAAGAAUUCUCGACGGUUUCAUGUUGUGGACAUUCGAAAAGGAGCUGUUGCUGCCCUGAAUACGCGCCGUACGAAGUUCUACGUUCGGCACCGAAUCUUAUAGCAUCCGAACGUCCGACCCGUCGAAGUCGCAGCUGUUCGUCGAACCGUGAAACUAGAAAUACUCGUAGCCUAACGGGAAAUUGCGCCUUCUUGGGAUCCUGCAAUCGUAUUGGACGAGAACCUCAUGAAUCUGUGAGUGCCAUCCAGAGAUACGGAUCUACGCAGCAUUUGCACUCGAAUGGAACCUGUUGCGGGGAUGUUCCACUCUGCUCACGUUGGCUGAGACCGACUAGGCUUCGUGAGAAAACCGUGGUUUUUACCAUCCUCGAAGGUGGAGAAGUUGUUCUGGAGUUUCUCCACAAAAUGCCGGAGAAUGGAUCCCUGCGUGUUGUCGAAGUUUUUCGAGUCUCAAAUGAUGGCCUGAGUAUUCGUAUGUACAGACCGAAAAACGCACAGUUUAUCGAAGAUGGACUCCCUGUUGAGCCGAACAAUUCGGCGAAGGAGGAACAUUUUUCUUUCGAAAGUCUUCCUGAAAAACACCGGAAGAAAUACUUGCGUGCGGAGUUAUUUGUAUCGCUUGCCAAAGCGAAAACCCCAAAAAUCACGUUUUUCUCUGAUUUGGCCAAAAUCUGCCUGAUGCAGAAUGAACCUGACCCGGAUUAUGAGAGCAAAUUUUAUUCUGGAGGAAAACUUGUGAGAAUGAAAACAAGAGGAAUUACAGUAACAACGAAAGACGGCUCGAAGUGGGAAAUCAAAAUGGAAAAUGAAGCUGGAAUUUUCAAGAACGAAGCCAAACUAAUGUGGGACCAUACGCAGAAGGUGUUGGAACAUUGUCGAUCGAUAGAACGUGUGCUGGAGUCUACUCGUACUGAAAUGAACUGCUUUCCUCUUGUUAUGGGAACUCCACCAAGCGUGAAUAAAAAUUCCAGACACGGACAUAGAGUCACGACGUCGAAAAUGUUCGGUCAGGGUUUGAGCGUUCAGAAUAGUUCUACGAUUCCCUCUGCGUCAGCGUCUCGGAAGAUCGACGUUUCUGUUGCUUCUUGUCGUGAAAAUUCGUACCCUGUUCAAGCCAGAUCAGGUUUGCGCAAAGUUCCUGAAGGAUACACAAGAAUUGACCAUAUUGGCUGGGCAGCUUGGGAUUCUGACGGACUGCUGACCAUACUUUUCGAGAAUGGUGCAGAAUUACGAGUUCCUAGCGAUUCAGCGGCAAGUCUUGAAGCGAGAAUGUCGUCAACAUCUGAGUGGAACAGAUAUCCUGACCGUAAUUCCAUGCCGAAUGCCGUUCGGCAACUUUUGUCGCAAGUGCCGUCGGUGCUCGAAGUGUUGACUCGGAAACGAUCGCUUGUAUCGGCCACACAUACUGCCCCAGUUUGUAUUCGAUGA